AUUUCUUGGAUCAUUGUUCUUGUCCUUACCGGAUCAUGAAGUGGAACAAUGUAGCACUACAAAAAUACGCGUCGAAAGCACUUAGUUAUAAAGUGAAAAUGGACAUGCGAUUACAUUAAAAAUAGCAAACUCUCUUGUCCAUUUCUAUGGAUGUCUGCUAGCUAAUGGAAGCCAGCUUCAUGUCUCGCUUUCUCGUUUGACUUUUGUUUCUUGGACUUCACUUCAAUCAUACAUGCAUCUAAGUUUUUGCGUAUAUUAAUUACUAGUGGCUAAUCAAACCGCCCCUUAUCUUACUCAGCACUGAUUGAUAUAGUCAAACUCGUUUUCUACAUUUUAUAAUGAAAAACAAGUUCGAGAUUGGUUCCUUGUCAAUAGCUAUACUAUUUUAUGAGACCGCCCACAUUUCUAGAAGAUCAACAUCAAACCUAGGAAAAUCCCACUAAUGCCCAAUUAAGUUUGUGUUAAUAUCCGAUAAUCUUAAUUAACACCAGAACUAAAAAAAUUUGUUGAAGACAUUUGGUAGAAUCAUAUUUUAAAUAAACAACGGGAUCUAAUAUUUGUCUGGCUCUUGUUGGGUUUGAUCAGUUCUCAAAUCGCCAUAUUUAAGUUUUUGUUGCCAUUGGAGACUUCUCAAAUCACCAUGUUUAAGUUUUAGUUCUUUUGGCAUCAAAAACUCUAAUUAUGUUUGAUUAAGCUCUUUUGCAAUUAAUUAUAUAUUCUCUGAUUUAUAGUGAAAUACACAUUCAUCUUACAAUACCUAUACAAGUUUCCCUUUUAAAAUAAUAUAACUUGUUGGUAUUAUAGUAGAAAUGGUCGUAUGUGGACAAAGCGAUUUCAAGUUUUGGCAAAGUAAAGAAAUGGUCGUAUGAGUAACGUGCCACACUUUCCAUGCAAUAACAUGCAAAUGAGAUCAGCCAUUAAGAAUAAAAUAAGUUGAAUUUUCACUUCGAUAAGAUAAACGGGAAGGCAUAAUAAAGCACUAUCACAUCAUGGGACCAAUAUACAAUUAUAUAAUUUGGGUUUACAUGGUCCAUAUUUUAACCACUCCAAUAUCUAAGCGUGUCUAAGUGCCAGUCCAUACUAUAUAUAAGCGACAAGUGAUACACAAGCUUACAAACUUAAACACAAUACUAAACAAAACAAGAUAAGGCUUAAAGCCAGAAUAUAUAUCACGGUGGUGAGAUCAUUUAAGAUGAAAAAUAAUAAGAUGGUUAGGGCAAAAUUAUUGAGAGUGAUUAUGCUGAUGCAUGCAAUUAUUGGGCUUCCUUAUACUGUGAUGGGGUUAAGUAUGAGUUACUACAUGAUGAGCUGUCCUGCCGCUGAACAGAUUGUGACUAAUACUGUUAACAAUGCUCUUCGAGCCGAUCCCACUUUGGCCGCAGGUCUUAUCCGUAUGCUCUUCCACGACUGUUUCAUUGAGGGAUGUGACGCUUCGAUUCUGCUAGACUCAACAAAAGACAACACUGCAGAAAAGGAUUCACCUGCGAAUCUGAGUCUACGUGGCUACGAGAUCAUAGAUGAUGCAAAAAAGAAAAUCGAGGCUACAUGUCCAGGAGUUGUAUCUUGCGCAGAUAUUAUUGCCAUGGCUGCUAGAGAUGCUGUCUUUUCAGCCAAUGGUCCAUAUUAUCAAAUACCAAAAGGAAGAUUUGAUGGUAAAAGAUCAAAGAUAGAAGAUACAAGAAAUCUUCCUUCCCCUUUUCUCAAUGCUUCUCAACUCAUUCAGACAUUUGGCCAACGUGGCUUCACUCCACAAGAUGUUGUUGCUCUCUCCGGAGCACAUACUCUUGGAGUUGCACGAUGCCAAUCCUUCAAAGCCAGACUUACCACACCAGAUUCUUCAAUGGACUCUUCCUUCGUAAACACUCUCACUAAAACUUGCAGUGCCGGUGACAACGCAGAGCAACCAUUUGAUGCCACGCGCAAUAAUUUCGACAACGCUUAUUUCAAUGCUCUUCAGAGGAAAUCAGGAGUCCUCUUUUCAGACCAAACCUUGUUCAACACUCCAGCGACUAGGAAUAUUGUUAAUGGCUAUGCCUUUAACCAAGCUAAGUUUUUCUUUGAUUUCCAAAUGGCCAUGCAAAAGAUGAGCAAUCUUGAUGUCAAACUUGGCUCUCAAGGUGACGUCCGUAAAAAUUGUCGCAUUCUUAACUAA